AUGAGCGAAGACCCUUGGGACACUGAAUGGUUUCCAUCUGAAGAGGAAGACGCCGAUUCUGAAGAACGCAACUCGUUGAAGAGGCAACGUAGGAGUGGAAACAAGUCGCGUUCUGCUCGAAAGGCUUCCGGGCAGCAGCAGACCGGCAACAAAUUUCCGCAGCUGGCGUUAACCUACGAACCGAUUCUACGAAGUGAGCAACCACGUGAUCCUCCCGCUGGACCUUCGCGAAUUCGUCCUACCGUCAUGGCGGAAUCCACUGGUGCGACUCCCAUCCAGGAUCCUUUCAAGGGAUGGCUUGCGGAAGCAGUGAGAGAUUUCCGGGAUGAUUUCAAGAAGCUGCUUAAGGCGAAAAGCAAGCUUAAGAAGAUGAUGGAACUCGAUGCUGAAGGCACGAUUCUGCAUAGCAUCCGUACUAAAGCUGUCGAUUUCCAGACUAACAUUGACUCUGUCAGGGAGAAAGCUAAGGCGUCCGUUGCUGAAAUCCAUCUGCAGAAUCAGAAGCGGAUCCAGGCAGAGUUUAUCGCCUCGAAAGCACUGGAGGGGCUGAGUGCGGAUCCGGACCUGGUGGUGUCUGACGCUGCCAAGGAGAAGUUUCGUCUACUCAAAGGAUUCUGCAUAGAGAAAGCCCAAGCCGACAUCGCUGCUGCCAAGGAUGAACUUACCAUCCGGGAGCUGGAUAGACAACGCAAGAAAGCCGCCGAGGAUUUGAAGAAAGCUGCUGCGUCUGAGGAGGUGCAGGAGAUGGAGCUAGAACCUGCGUUAGAGGAGAUUCUCGCGAAGCAGGUUAAGAAGAUUGAAGACAAGCUUCGCAAGGAAAUUACUGCGAAGGUUGAGGCCAGUCUUACGAAGAAACUGCAGAAGAAUCUCUCUCUUAAGGAACAAGACCCUGCGCAGGCCACUGCUGCCAAUCCGAAGCAGAAGAAUACGGCGGGAAAGCAGAAAAUUCAGGAGAAUGGCAACGCUGCACCUGCUGGAUCGAAGCGGAGGAGGAAGCGGGCGCUAGGGUUGGGUUUGAAGUUCAUCCCCACGCCCACCGUUUCCCUUUCGGCCGGAAUUGAGCUCGAUCAGCUUUUCCGGCAGAUCUCGUUACAUUUUUUCUUCAAGGAUGCGGACGGUCCACUUAGGGAUUCGCGGUUUCGUGUGCAUAACCCGACGUGGCUGCCCGAUCGGAUGGUGAUUCCGGAGCAGGUCUUCAAGGACUCGUCUUCUGACUUGUCCGUCUUGUUGAAGGCAUCUCAGCCUGACCGACGUCGGAAUCUUUCAGCUGGCGUUAGGAAGGCGUCGCGCACCAUCGCUGCGGAUCGAGACGUGGUGAUUAAACCGGCUGACAAAAAUGUUGGGAUUACCGUGAUGGAUCGGGGACAUUACAUUCGGUUGUGCAUGGAGCACCUUGGUGACAGCACGACUUACUCUCUGCUCUCUCACGAUCCUACCGCCGAUGUCUACCGGAAGCUACGUGAACUGCACAGCGUUUGGGGCCCUGCUCUUCCCGAAACUUUGUGGAAGUAUUUUUUCAACCAGCCGCCUGGAGGGUGGAAGCCCGCGGCCUUCUACAUCUUGCCGAAGCUGCAUAAGAAGAAGCUUGUGGGGCGCCCGAUCGCCGCCUCACACUCAUGGGUGACUUCGAACGUUAGCCGUUGGCUCGAUGCUGAACUACGACCGUGGGUACUGCAGCAGCAGACAUACCUCCGUGAUUCCCUCUCGCUACUCUUGAAGCUGGAAGAAACCGCCUUCCCGAAAGGGAUCUUCCUAGCCACCUACGACGUUACUGCUCUCUACCCCAGCAUUCCUCUUCAGAGAGGUAUCGACGCACGCCACUCUUUAGAAUUGCUGCUCUUCCACUAUGAGCGAAGACCCGUGGGGGGGCUGCGAGUGCUAGUGGUGGACGACACGCCCGUCAACCUCCUCGUGGCCCGCCGCUCCCUCGCCCGCUGGGGGGCACACGUGACUACUGCUUCCCGUGGGGAGGAAGCAGUGGAUUUGAUUGCGGCUGGCUUACAGGAGUGCUCCCUCGCCCGCUGGGGCGCCCGAGUCACCACUGCCAACCACGGGCAGCAAGCAGUCGACUUGAUCGCUGCUGGCUUGGAGGAGUGCUCCCUCUCCCGCUGGGGGACCCGAGUCACCACCGCCUCCCCUGGGAAGGAGGCAGUUGACUUGAUCGCUGCUGGCCUGGACUCCUCCGCUGCCCACGAGGAGGAAGAGAGAGGGGAGGAAACACAUGGAGAAGAGGGAAGAGGGCAUGAGGAGGAUAAAAGGCAGCAGGAGACAAGAGGGCAGCAGGAGGGAAGAGGUCAGCAGGAGGGAAGAGGGCAGCAGGAGGCGCGUGCAUCAUUGCAGCAUGCAUUCGACCUAGUUCUCAUGGACCUGCAAAUGCCGGGCAUGGACGGGGAACGUGAGUACUUAUACUCCUCCCUUCCUCCUGUUCCUCCCUUCCAUUCUGUUCCCACUUCAUCCCUUCCUUUCUGUUCCCACUUCAUCCCUUACUUCUGUUCCCACUUCAUCCCUUCCAUUCUGUUCCCACUUCAUCCCUUCCAUUCUGUUCCCACUUCAUCCCUUCCAUUCUGUUCCCACUUCAUCCCUUCCAUUCUCUUCCCACUUCAUCCCUUCCUUCCGUUCCUCCAUUGCCAUGGCAGCUUCGCAGCAGCAGCGGCCAUAAGAGCCCUUGAGAGAAGGGUCGAGUUUGAAGCCUUUUCAAGGGCACAACAACUGCAGAAGCAGAGGCAGCAGCGCACCCCUUCUGCUCUGCCCGUCCCACCCCUCGAAGCUUCAAACCCUGCUGCUGCUGAUGCAUGGUUCGGCUCUCUACGGGUGCCCAUAGUGGCUCUGACAGCGGACGUGGAUCGCGGAGUGGUGCAGAGGUGUGCAGAGGGGGGGUUUGACGGUGUGCUGCAGAAGCCAGUGGAUGCCCACCUGCUCGCCGCCCACCUCGAGCAAAUAAGCUUCCUCCGAUCCAGCAGCCAAUAA